AUGGCCGACGUUGAUCCUACGAUAUUGGCCCUCUUCGGACCGGUGCCGCCAGGAACCGACCUGAGCGAAGACCCAACUGCCGGCAAUGAUGUCGCCGUGGCCAUCUUGCUGGUGAUAGCCACAGUGGCCGUGGUACUGAGACUAUGGUGUCGACGAUACACGAGCAGCCCCUUGAAGGCCGAUGACACCGUGAUAGUAGCGGCAUUGAUCUUCACGUAUGCGACGGGAGCCAUGUCUUUCGCCGUCGGUCAUUUUGGUGCUGGGCGUCAUGUCUGGACGGUCAAGGCAGUCGACCUAGCUAUGGCAGCACAGCUUUUGUUCGCCUACAGCUUCGUCUUUGCUGCCACGAUAACCCUCACCAAGGCCUCCAUCCUGCUAUUAUAUACACGCAUUUUCGAAGUAUCCGAUACAAAAUUCCGUUUCCUACUCUGGGCGGCAGCAUUCCUCGUCAUCGGAUAUCCUCUCACCUUUAUCAUCGCCAUGGCUAAUGCUUGCCAGCCGGUCUCAUUCUACUGGACACAAUUCGCUGGCGACACGGAGGGGAGCUGUCCAUUGAACACGGGACUACUCUUCGUGGCGAUGGCCAUCAUUAACCUUUUUAUCGACUUUUUCAUUUUAAUUAUUCCAAUCCCGUCAAUCCUCGGGCUGCAAAUGUCUACCCGCAAGAAGGCCGGUGUGUGCGGCAUCAUGCUUCUCGGAGGAUUUGUCUGCUGUGCUAGCGUUGUACGGAUCUAUUAUUUGAACGUCUUCUCGACGGCAGUAGACGUGACGUGGUUUAUGGGGCCCGUAUGUGUCUGGUCCGCCGUCGAACCUUCCAUCGGUAUUCUCUCAGCCUGUCUGCCAAACAUGCGCCCGCUUUUCAUGUUUGUUCGCACCAAAGUAUCAUCGUCGGCUCGCAGUGCAGGCCAGUCACGAACAACAUCGACACCGGGUCUGGUGACUUGGGGAGGGAGUGGAGGCCCGGUGCCCAAGGGCGCCAAAGGGAUACAACGACUGGAGGAAGAGGAUGAACUUCGCCUGACUAAAAACAAUUACAGCCUGACGAAUAUUGUUACGACGGCUGGGCGCAGUGAGAGCGAAACUCACCAGAGCGAAGGGAUUUAUGUCCGUUCUGAGGUGAGGCUUCAGAGCAGCCACGUGGGCAGCGACAAGUCAUGA